GAUUUCCAGAAAUUUUCAGUUACGUAAUAUAUCACUCAUCGGCUGAAUUUCCAAGCUUCGAGCCGGUUCAAUGUUUGACGUGAACUGCUGCAGAUAGAUAGUUCCACAUCAUAUGUCCCAUGGAAAUCUGGUGCAGCCUCAACGAGUCACGAUACUGGUCAUCAAAGACCAUUCGACCUAGUUGCUGGCGUCUUGGGAGCGGUUGAGGGGCUUCCCAAGCGCCGGUCAAACAGAUAAGCCAUGGCCACCGGGAUUGACGCUCAGUUCCAUCGGGCUGUCGACAUCGUCCAGAGUCUGCCGAAAGGCGGUCCGGUCCAGACCAGCUACGAGGAAAAGCUUGCCUUGUAUGCUCUUUACAAGCAGGCUACUGAAGGAGAUAUCCGCAUACCUCGGCCGGGGCUACUCGACAUGCUAGGUCGAGCAAAAUGGGACUCGUGGAACAAGCAGAAGGGUGUUGAUACGGUCGCCGCGAAGCGCAGCUACGUGGGCGCUUUGUUGAAGAUAUUGCGAAAGCAUCCCGAUCCUUCGACAAUACAAUUCACAGAGGAGAUUGAAUCGUUCGGAGUAUUUCCUAAUCGUCCUUCAUCACCAUCAUCCUCUACAUCCUCAUAUCACUCUUCUCAAGCUUCUCCUCCUGAUUCUCCGCUUCAAACAGGCCCAUCUUAUAUUCUACACCCUCCCGAUCCAACUAUGCCCAUCCCCGACGUGCCCCCGGAAAUCAUCCCUCCUUCGGCUCUCAACUCGUCUCAUCGGUCGCUCCUAAAUCUGCUGCAGAGUCCCGCACCUCCAUCUGAGCAGAGUAUUUCAGCUUUGCGUCCCGGCACGGCUUCUCGAGCUCACAGUCUCCGUGAGAGCGAGAAAGCAAGGGAUCUCAAUCGUCCAGCUAUCCGAGGAAUCGCAGCCGCACCAUUUGCACCGAUGCCUUCGGUCCCACCGAGUCCAAUGGGUCGAGCUUCAUCUUCUGGUGUGCCAUUUCGUCAGUAUUCUCCGCUCGUUCCUCCACCCAUGACACCGGAUCCUUACUUCCCGAAUCCCAACUCUAACUUCAUUCCUCGACCCGGAUCUGCCUCGACCUUCUCACCUGCACCUCCAAUCAACGUCACACACGCUCUACAAUCCAUACAAUUAUCUCUCACUGCUCUACAUGAGCGUCUAUCCACUCUCGAGCGAUCACAAGCCAUGUUGCUACGCAAAGAAGAUCGGCGUCGGACAUGGCUGUCGUUUCUGACAGAGGAAGACGAAGUGGAUGAGCUGGAAGAUGAGGCGGACCGUCUGAGGAGGAGCAAUAUACGGACAGGAGAUACGGCAACGACAGUUCGGCGCAAGCGGCGUGCAGGAUUGCCCAUCAGAGUCGUGUGGGCUUUGUUGGCCGGCUUGAGACGCGCAGCAGUGGAUCUAGGCACUUUCGCGCUAAUGAUGCUGGUAGUGACUGUGAUUUUUGGAGGUGGUUGGCGACGAGCACGACAAUCAUUGACUCGUCUGCUCGUGCGAGCUAGAGGAUAUCUAGACAUCUGAUCC